AUGGCGCCCCCAGCCGACGCAACAUCGGUGCUUGAUGCGCAGAAGCGUGCGCCAGCAGACCUCCAGGCCGUCGCCGACUUCCUGCGCGGCAAGAACGGGCCCAAGGUCCGCCGCGGCGUGCUGAACGGCAAGCGGGUCGACUACUUCAAGGGAAAGACUGCCGUCCGCACCCUCCUCGGCCCGGCGUACGCCAAGCUCAAGAAGGUGCCCGCUGUCACGAACGAGGAGGAGGCCGCCGCGCUCAUCACUAGGCUGCUGCCUUUCGCCUUCUUCCUCCGCGUCGAUCGGCCCGCCGUCGACCCUCCCCCUCCGUCCGGCUCGCCCAAGGUGCUCCAGCUGGCGCCGCAGCAGACCUUUGACCCGGCACAGCAGUACGCGUGGUUCUACGACGGCUCGCCGCUGUGGAGCAUGCUCGGCUCGGCGGCCAUGGUGCUCGUCAUGCUCGCGGGCGUCAUGUUCCCCCUCUGGCCCAACACGCUGCGCGUCGGCGUGUGGUAUCUCUCGGUCGGCGCGCUCGGCCUCAUUGGCGCGUUCAUCGUGCUGGCUAUCAUUCGGCUCAUCUUCUGGUGCUUCACCAAGAUCUUCAUGAGCAAGGCUAUUUGGAUGUUCCCCAACCUGUUUGAGGACGUGGGCUUUGUCGACUCGUUCAUCCCCCUCUGGGCGUGGGACGAGCCCAAGAAGAAGAAGCUCCGCAAGGUCGGCGAGAAGCGCUCGAAGAAGGAGAGGGCGCCCGCGGCCGCUGCCGCUGCUCCUGCCGUUGCUGCAGCUCCUGCCGCCGCAGCUCCCGCUACCGCCGCACCUACCACCCCUGCGCCUGCCCCCACUCCCGUCGCCGCGUCGACCGGCGCGUCGACCGCCACGGCUCCGGCUGCCUCGGCGCCGCGCCACAGGCAGGCUGCGACGGUCGAGGAGGUCGAGGACGAGGAGUAGGCGUCGCGCGGAGGAGACGAGUCGCGCGAGCAGGCCGAGGAGAUGAUGAUCGUGCCUGGCGCGAGGAGACGAUGAGGCGAGCUCGACCUAGCGCGAGUCGGCGCCAGAGAGGAUGAGGUGAGGCCUGGGGCCCGCUCCGGCGCCGUGGCCUCACUAGACACUUGCGACACAGACAUGUGCAUACAUCACUAUGAAUGGCCUUUUGGUCGGUCGUGCGCAGCGGUGUGGUUCUACUGACGGCUGAG